CUCUCACCUGGAGCCCACGUGUGUUCCUCUACCACUUGGCUGGUAACAGUCACCUGGGAAUCAUUCCAGCAGGUGGCUUCCAAAGUCCAACCUGCUAGGUUGAAAUCUGACACUGAUAGAGACUCCCCGGGAGCUCUUACUGAAAGCUAAACCAGGAACCAGGAAAUGCACAAGCCUCUGUAUGUAGAAAAACAGCUGGGCUCCCUCCGCGGCAACAGAGCACCAUGGGAAACCGGCUUUGCUGCGGGGGACACUGGAGCUGCCCAUCAACUUCCCAGAGGAAAAAGAAAAUGGAAAGCCAAGCAAGACGGACAUUGAAGCAGCAGCAGCAGCAGCAGCAGAAUGGCACCAAGGCCCAUGACACAACAGGACGUAUGUAUGAGCAGGUGUUAGAGAAGCCUGCGUCUCAGGAGAGGAGUCGAGGCCUUAGUUUGAAGGAGAACAGCUUACAUUAUGCAGACAUUCAAGUGUACAGCUGUACCCAGCCACGCUCUGCUCUGGAAGUGAAGCAUCUUCAGUCAGAAAAUGCUACAGAAUAUGCAACCCUUCGCUUCCCCCAGGCCACGCCCCGCUACGACAGCAAGAACGGCACCCUGGUGUGAGCCUUGGGGAGGAAGGGCCUGUUUCCGUCAUUUGACCACUACUCCUGUGGGGAGACUUCUGCUUUGGGGAAUUGGCUGGUGGCCCAGAGAUGGCUGCCACGUUUUAAACUUAACUCCAGAACCCCAGUGAGAGUCCCCCAUUCUUGCUCUCUCCUCUAGGCCUACUUUUAAUUUGCCACCGUGAGCUUGGAGUUGUUUCGGGGCUGGUUAGGGGCUGGUUAGGGGCGGAUGGAGUUCCACAAAAGGAGGGACUAGGAGGAGCAUGCCAAAAAUUUUUUGACCCCUACCUUUGCUCUUGCUUUCAAGAAAAGUGAAGGAAGAACAGGUUACCUCAGCACCUAAGUUGAUUUUGUUAGGCUUAAUUUAAUGGUGUCUCUUUUAUACACCUUAAAUCUAAAGCUGAACAAGAAGUGCUCUGGAAAAGCAUUCUGAGUUCUCAUACCAGCCCCCAGGGCUGGCUUGGGCAAUUCCCUCAAUGGUUGGGUCAAAGGUCUCAGAACCUAAAAAAGACAAACGAGGGCAGGGGUGAGGCGUGGAGGAUGCAAUUCCCUGACCACCGGUUACACGUAUUUCAAGUCACUGACAGCACUGCAUGACCCGGAAACUCCCUUUGGCUGGACCGUAGGCUCUCGCAGGUGCAAAGUCUCUGGGAUCAAUAAAUCGCAUAAGGAACAUGCCUGGUGCGUGUUGCGGGGUGGGGGUCUGCGGGCUCUACGUAAGUGCAGCAGGUCUCGCUUAGCCUAAGGGCGGCGGGGAAAUCCAGACCCUUCGCGCCCUACUCCACAGGCCUUGGCUGAGCCGGAGCUGGGAUGAGGUUUGCACGCCCAGGAGGCGGGCUCUCAUCUGCGGAAGGGGGGCGCUCCCUGGGCGGGAUCCUGGCAGUCAGGAGGCGGAGCUGGCUCGGGCCGCAGGAGGCCGGUCCGGAAGGCAGGGGGCGGGGUCAAGACCCGCCGGGGGUUGUGGUCGGGGACGUUAGGAGGCGGGGCCGGACAGGCAGGGGGCGGGGCCCAGGUAAGCUGGGGCUGGCUCGCGCUGGCCGGUGGUGGGCGGGGCCAGGUCGGGCCCGGCCUCCAAGUCACCAUGGCAGCGGGAACGCGGCGGCGGCGGCCCUGCAGCUGCAGCAGGCCGUGCUCAGAAGGGCUGGGGACAGAGAUGUUGAACCAGACGGACCGAUGAGUUAAGAGGUAGGUGGUAAAAGGUGGGAGGUGCCUGGGAAAUAGAAUUACCACUGGUUGAGCUUCCAGAUCAGAAAUGGGGACACACGGAGGCGUGAGAUGGAGGCGGCUGGGGGAGGGGGGGGGGGCGUUGAGGAGAAGGAGGCGGAAGUUUCAGGUUCUGAACCGCUCUAAGCCUUACAGGUUCUUAGGAUGCCGUUCCUGAUUCAGACUUUCAGAGCUUGGAGACCCGAGUAGUAAUGCAAAUCCCCUUUCAGUCUGUACGCCAUCCUGCCCAAAUACCAAUGCCCUUCAGUUUAUCCCCGAGAGGCAUGAUUCCUUAAGACUGACACAGUACUGAGAAUGGAAUCACAGCACGAGAGAGUUGUUAAAUAAUAGUACCAACUAUGUAGAAUGUUUGUAGUUAAAAAGCACUUGGAACAGUACAUAGUAUGUAAUCAAAUAUCGGCUGCCAUUAUCAUCAGUAUCAUCAUUUUCCCACCCUGUUCUCUGGCACGGACCUAGUGCAAGUGGAUUCAGAAGAAGUGACAAGAAAACUUCAUCACUAAUUGGCAGAGCAACUCCCUAGCCUGCUACUAUUAACUGGGGGGCAAUAAAGUGAACUUUAUAUCCAACGGUAACUUACCAUGACGGUCAAAUGUGACAAUGUAGGUGAUAAGACUUUGUAAACUUAAAGUACUACGUAAAACAUUUCUGCCUUAAAAUAUAAAUGCGGCCUUUCUACGUUAAAACGGAAUUCCUGAGGGUGAAUAGAAGUGCAUGGCAGAAGCUGAGCUCCCAGUGUUUGUCCUGAUUGUCUUCAGAAUCCUUCCUAUGAUCGUUGACUGAUAAACAUAGGGAGGGAAAAUGCAUCCUUGCUUGACUGAUAGGGAAGCAUUGCUUUUUACUUUAUUACUAUUAAGCCUAAGUGGGUAGUUCUUAAAAUGCCCUUGGGAUAGCCCUGUUGUGAUUACAGUAUCUUUGGCUGGAUUUCUUACUAACCAGGGUACUAUUUCUGAAACUUUUAGAUGGCAUAUGUUGGUAGAUUUGGAGCAGGAGCCUGACCCUAAUAGAUUGGUUUAUCUUUGGAAUGUUUUUUUCCUGUUCUGUAUUUUUGCACAUUCUCCCUCUUCCUAUUUUAAGGUGGCCCUGAUCCGGCUUUUCUAGGCACUCUGAAGAUGGGGACUCAAGUGGUUAGGAGACUCUGUAACUCCCUGCUGCCCACAGAGCCCUCUGUAAGUUUCUGGUGUACUGUUGAAAGGAGUGUGAUGACAUUAAUGGAAUUUUAGUACAGUUCUACAACUGGGGUUUCUCCAUCAGGACUCAGAUCCUGGAACAAAAUUGUCAUAUAUUUGCUUUCUUCUCUUGCUACCCCUUCUUGUGGAAAUUCUAGCUCCCUUGAUUCAUUACUAAUAAAAUCAGGAAGAUUUUAUUGAAAAUUAUAGCAAUUAGAAUAUAUGCAUUGUUUAAAAGAUUUAAAUGUUUGUUAUAGAAAUAAUUCAUGACAAUUAUAGAGCAUUUAAGAAAUAUUGCAAACCAUGAUUUAAAAAAAAAAAACAAUAAUGCUUCCAUCCAGAAGCCCUCAAUGUUAAUAUUUUAGAAUGUAGAAUUUUCUUCUAGCCUUUUAAUAUGUAUAUUACUUACAUAUUUAAGAUUAAAUUAUGCACACACUUUUUGACUUUUGCUUUUUUUAACUUAAUGUUUGUUAAUAAGAAAUUGUUAAAAUAUUUGUUUUAGUAGGUCUACAAAUGUUUGGUAAACAUUAUAAUGAUUCUAAUUUUCUUGACCAUUUUUCUGUUUGUUGGACUUUUAGGUUCUCCUCACCCAUUGUAAAUAAUGAAUUGAUUUCCUCAUUUAAGACUUCUUUUCCUUAGGGUUGAGUUCCAGAAGUACAAUCCCUACCUCAAAGAAUGUGAACAUUUUAAGUAAUAAGUUACCUUUUAAAGGAAGAAUCCUGGUGUCAAAUUAUAUAUACAUCCUCCAGAAAGCUGAGAGAUAGAAGGCUUCUUGGUAGAAAUCUGGCUACCUCUUGCAAUGAGAUCUUAGGUUCUGAAGAAAGAUGAUUUCAUCAUAGUUAUGAACCCUAACAUAUUAUGAAUGUCAGUCCAGAGGUAUGGGGGCUUGUUGUAGUGUUUACACAGUAGAGAAAUUCAAGGAUUACUUUCAAAAUAUCCACCAGAUGUCGCUAGUCUUAAUCUAAUUUUUACCCACAGGAUUACUAGCAGAUAACUUUUGAAACAUGAAUUUAAAAAAUUCAUGUAGAACAGAUUUGCAUGUCUGCUUAAAUACAGUUUAUAUUAAGCACUAGCAUCUGGUGAUUACUUUGGCAACAUCCUACUCGUCUCUUACCAUUCUGUCUCUUUUUUCCUUUUUCUACCCACUCAGUCUGUCACACUCACCCUGUACACUCUGUCCCCACAUACUAAUAUUGGAGUCUCAGUUUUAGUAGUCGUCCUUUUACUAUUCUUUUUUUCAGUCUUGUUUCUUGCCUCUAUGUGUAUUCAUGUAUUUAUGUUUAACUGUGAGUUCCUGAAUUUUUGUCUAAAAGAAUAGAACGUGGCAUAUAAUGACAUAUAACAGAUCCUCAACAUAUAUCUAGUGGAUGUUUAAUGAAAAAAAUGCAUUGAUGAAGGAGAAGAAAAUAUAGGAGGAAACCAGGAAUUAUUUAUAUUUGUCUUGGAAAUACACUGAAAGAGACAAAGAUUCACACUUCUUUUUUUUUUUAAAUAAAUUUAUAAAUUUAUUUAUUUAUUUAUUUUUGAUAGAGAGCUCAAGUGAGCAAGAGGCAGAGAGAGAGAGAAUCCCAUGAGGUGCAGAGAGAGGGACAGAGAAAGAGUACGAGCCCACAGUGGGGGCUUCAUGCUUAAUGGACUGAGCCACCCAGGCACCCUAAUUCACACGUCUAAAUUAUAAUUAAGUGCUAAGUGCUAUAAUAUAGAACAUGCUAUUAAUGUGAUUUGAAGUCUGGGUCCAAGAGCAACGGUUAAGAAAGAAUUCUUGAGACAUUUUUGGUGCCAAAAAUGUGUUUUUAUUAUAGCACAGGGAGAGGACCCUUGAGCAGAAAGAGCUGCCCCGUAAUUGUGAGGUGCGACAGAUUAUAUAUUUUUAAGUUUGUGGAGGGAGCAGGGGGGAGUAUAGAUAGCAUAGUUUCCAAGGAAUUUCUGUAUGCUGAAAGCAGGGACUACAGGACCUUGGAGAUCUGGCUGUUGUUAAGAUGAAGUUGCUUUUAGUCCCUAAUAAAAUAUCAACAUUAAGGCAGCCAUCAGUUCCUUGAUGAAUGUCAUGCUCUGCAUGCCUCAGAUAUUUAUCAGUGGGCUGCAAGUUGUAAGAUUUAUUUAGUUAAAUUUUCUUGCUUUUGUUCUCAUCAUGAUGACUUUUGAAUUAUAUAGACUUUUAAAAAAUGCUUAUUUAUUUUUGAGAGAGAGAGUGUGAGUGGGGUAGGGGCAGUUAGAGAGAGGGACAGAGGAUCUAAAGUGGGCUCCACAGUGACAACAGUGAUCCCCAUGUGGGGCUCAAAUACACGAACCAUGACAUCAUGACCAGAGCCGAAGUUGGACACUCAACUGACUGAGCCACCCAGGCACCCAUGACCUUUGGAUUAUAAAAAGAGGAAUAUUGAUUUAUUGAGCAUCUACUUAUGUGCCAGGAAAUAUUUUUGGUUCUAGAGAUAAACCAGUAACAAAACAUAACAAAAUUCCCUGCUUUCAUGGACCUUAUAUUCUGGGCAGGGAGAGACUGACAAUAAGCAAAUGAGCAAAUAAAUAUAGACUAUAGAGGACAGUGAUGAAUACUAGGAAGAAAAAUAAAAAUAAAUCAGGCAAAAGAAGUUUGGGAGUGCCUGAGUGAGGGAGUGUUGUCAUUUUAAAUAGAGUGGUCAGAGAAGGCCAAAGAGAUAAAGUGAUAUUUGAGCAGAAACCUGAAGAAUGAACCAUGGGUUAUCUGGGGCGUGGGGGUUCCAGACUGAUUAAAAUCAGAUCCAUCCUGAUUAAGAAAAACCAAAAGUAGUCACAGGAGUUUCAUGAGGAAGCAGAACUUGAGGUAGGCAUAAUAAGGAUUUGAGUAGCAGAAGCGUGGGACAUUCUAGACAGGACAGUCAUGAAGGCAUGGGAGGCAAAAAUGAGCCCUGGAAAUGCGGGAGACAGUGAGGAGCCUGCCAACCUGAGCAUAGGCAAUUUGGGGGACAGCCGUAAGAGCAGGGCAUGAGGAAUUUAUAUCUGAUGGGAAAAGGGAUUAUUUGAAAACAUUUGAGCAUUUGAGCAGCAAGAUGAAUGCAUUGUCUAAGGAAGAUUAAGGGGUGUAGACUAGCAGAAAAGCCUGGAGACAAAGAGAGCAGUUUAGGAGCCAGGACACGUUUGUAGCCUUUGCCGGUAGAUGUGAGCCCUUUUGUGUACAUUUACACUGAUGUCUCUGAAGAUAAAUGCAGUAGAAAUUGUAAACAUACAUUACUGCCAAGAAACUCGCUAAUGUAUGAAAACAGAAAAAGAUUAAGAAAUUAUUUCAGGGUCAUUUAAAAUAUUUCCAUUGACAAUUUUAAUUAUUUGUUUAUUCAGACUGCCUUUCUGCUUCUUUAUAGUCAUUAAUGAUUGCCUACAAUAGAUGUAUUAAAUUUACAUAGGUAUGAAUUUCACACAUUUUACUUCUACAUAGGCAGAAGUCCCAGUCAGUAUUUUUACCAAAUGACAGUUCUGUUUAAAGCUCAAAGUCUUACUUAGGCUAACAUGUUAUUAUCUGUAUUAAUAUAAGUGAUGAAUGAGUUUGCCAGUGUUUCCUCCACUCAUUCAUUCAUUCAUUCAUUCAUCCAACUAAACACAUUUACUGAGUACCUUUUUUCUUUAAAGUUUAUUUAUUUAUUUUGAGAGAGAGAGAGAGAGAGAGAGAGAGAGAGAGAGAGAAACCCAAGCCAGUUCCAUGCUGUCAAUGCAGAGCCUGAUGCAGGGCUCAGUCCCACGAACCAUGAGAUCAUGACCUGAGCUGAGAUCAAGAGUCAGUUGCUUAAUCCACUGAGCCAUGCAGGUGCCCCGACAUUUACUGAAUACCUUUUGUGUGGAAAGCAUCAUAUAAAAGUAUUGCAUAAUGAUUAAGCCAGACUUUGGUUUCACCACUUAGCAGCAAUAGGAUCUGGAGCAAAUUACUUAUCCUCUAGACCUUUCUUUCUUCAUCUAUAAAAUGGGGUUAAUAAACAGUUCCUACUGUUUAUGGUAAUUGUGACCAUCAACUGAGCUAACAUAUGUAAGCACUUAGUAUUGGACUUGGCACAUAAUAAAAGUUCAAUUUUGCUAUUAUUAUUGUUGUAGAUAGAUAUUUGCGUAGCUUUUAGUCGGUGAGGUAAGUCUCUGCCAUUAUUGUUAAAAUCAUAUAGGACUGAAGAGGUCUGGUAUAAUUUCAGAAAUCAGGCAGCAUGGCAGAGAUAUGCAGAAAGCAGCUUGCUUGGACCCUUUGCCUCUCCUCCCAGGCAGAGAGAAUGACAAGCCAGCAGUGGUGGGAGUGGUUCCAGCUACCUGGACUGGCUUGCAGUUUUCCCCACACUCCAGCACUAUGAGACGCAGAUCAUUGGCCUAGUUAUUCCUGGUUCGUUUAGCUAACCCACUUACUCUCUCAGCUCUUAUGCUGAUAUCACAGCAGAGUGAGAUGGGGAAGAUGGAAGGACUAGUAAUUGUGAGUGCUGCUUAGAACAAGCUCAGUUCUUCACCUGGGCUAUUUGGUUAGGUAGACCAUGAUAAAUAAGGUGAGCACAUCUUCUGAGCAAAAAAACCUUGAGAUUACAUGCUCUAACAGGAAUUUUGUGCUUUUUCCAAGCAUGAGAGGCAGACUAUUUGUGCAAAUAUAAUUUUUGGAACAUCUCAUUAGUUGUGUGGGGGAAAACACAGAAUAUUUUGAAAUGGUACUAUCUAAAUUUAAACGAAUUAAAAUUAAAUGCUAUUGAAAUUUUAGUUCCACAUUUGCAAUAGCCACGGUUUUUUUUAAUGUUUGGUUUUGAGAGAGAGAGAGAGAGAGAAAGAGAGGGAGAGAGAGAGUACUAGCAGAGGAGGGUCAGAGAGACAGGGGGACAGAGGAUCCAGAGCUGGUUCUGUGCUGACGGCAUCCAGCCCUGAUGUGGGGCUUGAACUCACGAACCGUGAGAUCAUGACCUGAGCCCAAGUCAGAUGCUCAACUGACUAGACCACCCAGGCGCCCCACAACAGACACAUUUUAAGUGCUCAAUAAACACAUGUAGCCAGUGUCCACUGGCCACUGGAUUGGACGUCACAGAUAUAGAACAUUCCCACCAUCACAUUGCACAUGACUACUAUAGAGUAUGUGGUUGACAUAAUUACAGACUUCUAGGGAAUAGUGUAACUGUGGACCGAGUGCCCUGUAAUAAAUCUUGUCUCUAUUCACCACAGUUCCCUCUAAUUCCUCCAGUGUACUGGGGGGUGCAGGGCAAAUAGCACAGGGCUGAGCAUCAGAGGCAUUUGGGUUCAGAUCUUAGCGCCCGUGCUGAUUUGCUAAGUGACUGUAAAUAACUCCCCUAGGCUUCAUUUCUUCAUGAGAGUCAAAUGAAACUUCAUCUUUUUAGCUUUAAAAUCCAGGGAUCUAAUGAGAAUUUUCCCAGGAAUAUUGAGCUCACAGGUCCUACUUUGAAAAAGGACUUGUUCUUUGAGAAACAGGGACCUUUUGGUAUAUAACUAUCCGCAGGGCCUCCCUCUGAAGUCUCAAUAUAUUCGACUGUGUAAAAGCAUGAUGGGCUGUCAGAAUCUAUUUAGGGAUCUACUGACUGAGUGUUUUGGUUUUGCAUCACUAUGCACAUAGAUGUGUUGCCUACAAUUUUACGUUGUUGGAAGUUUCAUGCUUCUCUUUUAAAGGGGCCUUGUUGCAGUAAUAUGGGUUAGUCACUCACCUGAUGAUAUUACACCGUGAGCUGUGGUCAUGGCAAGGGGAAUUUUUGGUAGUUAAAUUCCCCAGCUAGUUAUGAAGGACGGUGGUCUUCUGACUUUUGGGCUGAUCAGGUGCAGUUUGAUUUGGAGUCAUGGCUUUUCCCCAGCCUUUGCAGAAUUGAACACACAGCAUUCAUUCAAUCAGCAGCACCCACUUAACACCUCUGCUGGCCUUCUGCUUCCUGCUUGCUGCCAUCCUAGAAGAAGUGUGUCUUUCUCAGAAGUAUCUUUGUGUUUAGCAGCUUCAGACAUUCAGGCAAGAUGAUUCAGGAUGUUUGGGGUACAGAUUUUCUUUUUCUCUAGUGACCUGAGGAGGAGGAAGUCUUAGGUUGAAAAGAGCCAUUACUGACUUUUCUUGCUAAGGUACCAAUGGGAAUUUGGGGAAGGAAUGUGGGCCUUCUGCAAAAGCAUGAGGGUAGAGCCUAGCUCCUCAAACUGUCUUUGUCGCUGACCAGCUGUGUCCCUGGGCAAGGCCCUGACCUUUUCUGAGCCUUAACAUUCUGUAAAUCCUUCCCCUCCAUCUGGGAUCACGAGGUGUAACAUAAUAUGGGGUGUUCUUUCAGCUUCCUGUUUUCCUAUAGAAACAAGAAUGUGCACUGAAGAGUACAAAAUGACUGGUAUUCCUAAAAAUAAAUAAUCAAGGCUGUGACUUGAAUAACUAGCAACAGAGGGGAAUAGCUCUCUGUUUCAUUUGAGCAAGUUUUUACCUAACUCUUUCAAAAGCUCCAGGACAUUUUUGUAGUGUUUAUUUUAAUUAAAAUCCAUUUAAUUCAUUUAAAGCUCACUAAAGAUAUGGGCUUUACCUUUUAGCGGCUAUUUUUAAAAGAAAAAAGAGGCUUUUUGGAGCAUAGCCUUAGUGAUACUUGGUUUUGCCUCGAUGUUUCUGUUGUGAUCCUGUGUGAUUUGUUAAGUACUACUUCUAUUAAAUGUUUGCUGAUACCAUCAGUAACUAAAGUUCUCUCUAUCCUCUUUUUUCCCCUCUCCUUCUGGCUGGUUUAUCUCACUUUUUUUUUUUCUGUCCCUUCUGCUUCCCCUUCUUUAGCCUAACCUCACUGCCCAGGCCCCUUGUGGAAAAAGGUUGCUGUUUUUAGCUAGUCUGGGGGAAAAAAAUCCUGAUUCACUCCCCUCCCCACCCAUCUUGUGGUGGGGCACUUGGCCUUAAAUCAGCAGAAAGAGUGUGUGUGUGUGUGUGUGUGUGUGUGUGUGUGUGUCCGCGCGCUCACUCCAGCAUGCCUGCCUGCAGACCUGGUGGUAUGCUAGUGUGUGAUUGCAAGCACAUGCACACGCCGGCACGCUUGCUGGUGUGUCAACGAGUGUAUGUGUGUGCGCUCACGUGUGUGUAUGCUCGCAGGACGCGCACACACCGGCACGCCCGCCUGGAGGCCUGGUGUGUGUCUGCAGCGUAGGCACACACGCCCGCCCCCAGCCUGUUGUGUGUGUAUUGUACGUAGUGUGUGUGUGUGUUUGUGUUUGUGUGUGCGCGCGCGCGUGCGCCUGCCCGCGCGCGCGCCCGCGGUGCUCCCCCUUACGCACGCGGGGCGGGGGGCUGCCAGCCAGCGCCCCUCCAUCCUUUGCGCGCCCAGCUGUUUCUAUAGGAACCGCGACAGCGCCCGGGCCCCUCCGGCAGAGGCCCCGGUGCGAGCAUGCCCAGUGGAAGCCGCUAGUUUGGCUCCGGUCUAGGUUUCCAGUAAGUGGCCUGCGGGACUCCGGAGAGAUCCCCGUGAGCUGAGCGGAGAGUCUUUGUGUGCAGAGGGAGGAGGCGGUGGCGGCGGCCGCCUGGCCUGGAGAUCCCGCCCGGGAGCCCCCGCCAGGAACAAUGCUAGCCUGCUUGACCCGGGGGAACUUACUGGACGUCCUGCAGGAGGGCUUCAAUGAGGUAACUGUCUGCUCCUCCCACUCCCAGCUCCCCUCCCCCAGCGCCUCCCGCCUAAUCUCUAGAAGGGGUUCUCCGUCCCCCCUCCGUCCUCAAGGGGAUCCCAGAUCAGUUCCCCUGCAGAGCCCUAAGGAGCUAAAGUAGUGGGUAUGGUGCAGACGAGAUGGCUAACGGAGAAAUCAGAAGGGCCCCCUACCUACAGCUACGCUGGGCGAUGCCUUUCCCUGGCGGCUCACCUGAGCCCAGCAGACAGGACCACAAACUUAGAGGUCAUCUCCUUUCAAGCGAGGUGGUCUCCACCCUUCCCGGGCAUUCUCCCCAAGAAAGCCCCCCUUGAGAGGGAAGCCCCUGAAUGUAUGACAGAAGUACUCAUUCUUCAGGAGCUUACUGGGUGGGCCAAGUUAGGGGUGGGGUGGAAUUGCAUUGGCAGAAAGUUUGAGAGAGGGCAGGGUGGUCCACAUGAAGUGCCGCCUUCCUGUUUAUAUCUCUUUCCAAUUCCCAGGCUGUAGGUUUCUCCACAAUCAAGGGCAUGGUUGGCAGAGAGGACCUAAGAGCAGAGAGGUUGCUUGAGUUUCUGGCCCCAGUUCCGGGAAGUGGGAAUUCAUUCCGUACUGUGUAAGAAGAGCGGGGAACUGGACCGCCAAUCUGACAGGCAGAGUCAAUGCCAGCUAAACAGAUGCUCCCAGGCAGCAAGCUAUCAGGCAGCUUUCUGUUCCUCAUGAAAAUCUUCGGUUUUUCACCUUGUGGAAUAUUAUCCUUUGACCACCAGGCUGAACUCUAAUAUGAAGAGUGCUGCCUAUAUGGGAAGAAGAAAUGUAAUGGUAUUUUUACUUGUGAUCUUUAUUUUUACCUAAUUAGCUACCAGGUUCAAUGAAUAAGUAGCCUUUCCUGGCUCAGUAAAGGCCUGAAAGAGUUAACAGAAAAGAUAUACCAUAUUAUGUUCUCUUCCUGGCAGAAUUCAGGCCAAGAGGAACUCAAGGUUUCCAAACCUGCCUUCCCCCCAGUUUCUCAGCAGGGUCUCCCCACCCCCUCAUCUUCUGUAGUUGGAGGGUCUCAGUUCCACACAGGAAUCUGGUUUCACUGUGAAGCUGAUUUCCUUCCUGAGCCAGUCAGAUCUCCUCCUGAACUCUAGCCCACCACCAAAGCCCUGCUGCUUUUUUUUGUUUGCCUUUCUUGCUUCCCAGCAGGGAGCCACAGAGCUCACUUUUGGAUGCUUCUACACUAGGAACAGUAAAUCACAGACUUUCCUGGUAAAGCCCAGUCAGUGCCUUUUGCAACUCUAACCAAACAAGUCCCCUGCAGGAAGUCUCUUCGACCUUGAGGCUUAGAGGAGACAGAGAGGAGAGGCUGGGUUUGCAAACUUGUUUGGAAGGAGGGGCAGGUCCCAAAGAAAAACAGGAAAGAAAGUUACAGUUGGCACAAGAGUGGUCUCAAGGCCAAGAUUCCUAUAUGAGUGAAGAUGGUGAACAGAACUGUUUCUACUUGGAAGAGUUUUAACUUAUAUUGUAGGGCUAUUUGGAGUGUCUUCGAGGGAGCUGAUGGAGAUUAUGGGGUUGCUAAGGGCCGCCCACACCAGCCACUCUUUGGUGCUACCGCUGCUGACACAGCUUUACAGCCGUUCGUUCGGUCUCACCAAGCCAAAAUCCUGCUCAGAGAGCUGAGAAGUGUUGCUGUAUCUACUUUUCUUCCCCCUGAUGUCCGACUCAAAGGACUGGCACAAAAAGCCUGUCUUUCUAGACUUCUGGACUACACAGUUUGAUUGCAAGUGCCAAGAACCCAUCUUGAGCUAGCAGAAAUAGAAAGUGGAAUUUACUGACUCAUGGAAUCCAAGGAAAGGCUGAAAAAUUAAACCAUGGAAAGGCAAGAAUGGAGCAGAGUCCCAAUGAAAAUCAAGAACUCAAACACUGGAGGCUCCCUUUUUCUGCUUUUUGCCACUUCUCUCUGGUUCUUUCUGUGGGUGGCUUUAUUCCCUUUCACUCUAUAUGGCUUUUCUCUCUCAGGUGGGGAUCACGGUCUAUGGCAACAUCUAAGUUUUAUAUCUUACAACUUUGUCAAAGAAAGAUGGGUGGGGAGAAGGAGACUGAUUCUAUUCCUGGAGGCCAGAUAAAAAAUUCCAGAGAUUGGUUGGACUUGAACAGUCAACUCAACUGGACCAAUCAGCUGUGACCAUUGGAGGAGGUGAUGUCAUACCAGCCCAGACCUAGGGCCCAUCACUGUGUGUGCAGAGGGUGCGUGUUUCUACAGAAGGGGAAUCAUUGUGACCUGGGCAGCUACCCCGUUAGCUCCACCACUGUGUGGGCCUGAUUUGAAUCUGUUGUCCUGUUGUGAUUCUCCACCUGUUGUUUUUGGAAAUAGACCAAGAACUAGGGGCACGAUCAAGAUGUAUAUCUUCAUAUUCCAGAUAUUUUCAUUUUGCUGAACCUAUUGGCAUCUUGUCUUCACGGAAUAAUUGACUAAUAAAAUGAUAGUGCUAGAAGUAAAUGAAAUUCAGUGGUUUUUUUUUUCCCCACCUGUUGCAAGAACCCCUUAAGAAAUUAUCUCAUGUGGCUAGGGUAGGGAGUUGGAGGUGGAGAAAAAGAGGGUUGGAUGAGCUAGGCUCUGGAUCCCUCACCCUGGCCCUAAUCAGGGAAUCUCUACUUCUCCCUAUUUUACAUAUCUGGCUUUCACAUGGGUUAUAAUUUGAGAAACGAUUAUGGGACCAAAAAAAGAAGGAAGAGGAGGAGGAGGAGAAUAAAACUACUAGUCCAACCCCCAGAGAGUAACAGAGGAGAAGAAGGAGGAAGACAAGGACAAGGAUGAGAAGAAAGAGAAAAAUAAAACUACCAGUCCAAUCCCCAGAGAGUAACAGCCUCUUGCAAAAGCAUAUGGUAUUUCAUCUGCUGCAGACGAACUCUAGUAAAUUUUAAAGCCAAGCAGCAUUGCUACUCAGGGCCUAGGCUUGCAACACAGGCUUCUUUUAAGAUAAACAUCUUUGUGGGGGAAGUGGGUGGUGUGGCUGGUUCUCCUGGUGUCUACUUUGUCCUUCAAAUCCUUUUUUCAGAGCCAGCAGUAGGCAUUUAUAGCAAGAACAGGGUCUGGCCUUCCCCUUGGGUGUGAGGUACAGAUGCCUUCAGAUCAAAGAGGAGGUUUGGCUUAGUGCUCAGCUUCCCCGAUCCGACUUGCUGGCUAAGCAGAGACCUAAAGCGGGGGCACCCUAACCUGUGGAUGAGAGUAGCCCCACUCAGUUGUGAUUCUGCGGUCACUUUGUUAGAUGCCAUUGAGGAGGUCUCUGUCAACAUGCAGACAUAAUAGUGACAUGACAUUUUUCAAUCAAAAAGAUUUUAUCAAGGAUUCAAUCAGUGAUGAUCAGUGAUAUUAAUGCUUUCAUUUUAUUAAUGAUUUCAUGCUUCUGAGUUUUUAAAAUGACUUGAAUCUGGGCAGAAUAGGAACUGUGCCCAGCAUUUGGAUCCCUACCGUUCUCCUGGACUGCCUUCAGGCCCCGAGAUGAAGAUAGUCUAGCCUCCCCUCCCCACUGCAGUGAUUGUCCCUCUGUGCUACCACAGCAAAGCCACAUCCUGGGACAUAUUCCACAGGAGGGUCCAACCCUUGACAUCUUGAACUCUGAGACUGCGCUCUCCGCUCACAACCCCAAUCUCCACACUCCUUCCUUCCCAUCAAACCCAUUUUCAAUCUCAUCAGCCUUCUCUGUCCUGUCAGGUUCUCAGCGCUCCUUUGACUUCCUGUCCUCGGUGCAGAUGCCACCAGCAGUCACUUGAAAGACACUCUCACCACCUCCCGCACUCCCUUUGCUUUGGUUGAUUGCUGCCUGUCCUGGAUGAGCCCAUCCCUGGUUCCCUCUGGCAGGCCUGCCGAGCAGUGUUAGAGGGGAUCGUGCAGCCUCACUGAUAGAUUCAGUUACAGAAUCCUGGUCUGCAGCCCUGGCUGAGUCUUUGGUGUUGCCGGGACAUCUUUAGCAGCCACUGUUCUUCCCAGCUUCCCACAGCAUCCCUUCCCGAAGCCUCCUUCAUUCUGCUCCUCCCUCUCACUCUCCACAGCUAGUGGACCUACUGCAUCGUAGACCUGCCUAGACCCACUGAUCUUUGUCCCACAUUUUUUCCUUGAGUUCUUCUUUCCAGUUUAUCUCUUAACUCAGGCUAAAGACCCCAUGGGCCUAAACCAAGAAACUACCCCUGAAGCAAUACUGCCCAAACCAGUUCGAGCUUAACCCCUGACACCCCUGAGCAGAUGGACGGUGGGUUGACCCAUGGGAUGCCCGACAGUUCCUUCAUCUCAUUAUCAUACUAAAAUAUCUGCCCAAGGAGGAGCACAAGCCUCAUUUACAUAACAUGCAAUGCCCGUGUAGGCAAGUUACCUGAGGCUGCAUGUGUGACCUUAUGCCCACAUCUACACACCAUGACAAAGGCUCCCCCUUCUAAAUAUUCAUCCUAACCCUAAAGAAAAGGAACCCGUCCGCCCUUCCUCAGGGAGUUUCGGCUUUGCAGGUUAUUCCCUAGAUCUCCUUAAUUUGCUGCAUAUAAAGUUUCUUUUGUGCGACAGCUCCACCUGCUGUGGUUUCUAUAUGUGACUCACCCAUGAGCAAACUCACGUUAGUUACUUAGUCCAAUUACACCUCUUUCCCAUCUCAUAACUUCCCCACAUAGGUACCUGUUCCCGCCUCCUCACAGAGGAGGAUGUAGUCCUCUCCUCUGAAACCUUGCCACAUCACUCACCCUCCCCUUGAGUCUGUUUCCCCUUCACCAAGCCCUCAUCUCUGCCUGCAGUGUCUUCCCAUCCCGAAACACCCUUGUUCCCUCACCCCCCUUGCGCUCCAGCUCACACCCUCUCUCCUCCCCUCAAUGCUCCUGCUUUCCUACUUCCUGGUGUCUUCUAGGUUCACUGGCUUCACUGCCGUCUGACUUCUCGCCUACCACUCUGCAGUAUCUGUGCUCAAAAAGGUCACCAGAGCCUGUUAAUUAUUCAACGAAAUGGGCUUUCCAGUCCUUAGCCUGACUUCUUGACAGCAUUUGACCUUCCUGACCAUCCGUCUUAAAAUUCUCUCAUUCCUGGAUUCCUACAUAACACUUUCUCCUGAUAUUUUUUUCUAUUCAUUGGAUCACUUAUUCUAAAAUUAUUUUUAUUUAUUUAUUUAUUUAUUUAUUUAUUUAUUUAUUUAUUUAAAGUAAGCUCUACCCUGAACAUGGGGCUUGAACUCACGACCCUGAGAUCAAGAGUCUCAUGCUCUACUGACUGAGCCAGCCAGGCACUCCAAUAAUUUCAUUUUUGCUCAUGUCAUUAUAUUCUUUGGAGUAAGGUGGAGUGGGUUCAAAUCCCUUUUUUCAUCAUUCACCAGUGUUAUGGCCUUGAGCAAAGUCUCCUAUAUAAGAAACGGGGCUAAUAACAUAGGCUUUAGCCAUCGGGUAUGGGGAUUAAAGGAGAUAGUACAUAAAAAGUGCCUCAUUCAAUGACUGACAAGAAUUGGCAGUCAGUACACUUUCAUUUUCUUCUUUCCCUUUGGUGCUCCUUCCACUCCCUUUCUUGCCAAAAAACUUUUUAUAGUUCACUUUAAUUUUUGGGGUGUUGUAAGAUCCCAGGAUUUGGAGUCAGCAUUGAAUUCAAAUCCCUUUUCUUCCACUUAGCAGCCCUUUGACCCUAGGCAUGUUGUUGCUCUAAACUUUGGCUUCCACAUCUGUAAAAUGAGGAUGAUUGUGUGUGUAUGCAUUGGGGGGGGAUGGUUAAUAAAUCAAUAUUAAAUAUAUAUAUUGUUUAUGUAUACAUAAAUUAAAAUAUUUUUAUAUAUUUAUUUUUGUAAGUAAAUAAAGUGGUAAAGUGCUUAGCACAGUCCUGGUAGGUAGCAAGCACUGAAUAGGUCCUAGUUACGGUCUUACUUGCACCUAGUCUAUACCUGUCACACACAGAUGCCCUCAAACAUGCAUCUCCCACCCCUCCCCCAUCUCUUGUGCUCUAGUACCUGUGUUUUGCCAACUUGCUGUGGAACAUCUUUGCUCUAAUGCUUCAAAUAGCUCAGACUGUUGUCAAAACUGAACUAUAUGCUCUUCAAAUAUUUUCCAUCUCAGUUAAAGCAUCCGCAUCCCUCAGGUAUGACUUUUUGGACCUUCUCUUUUUGUCGCUGCUUUUGUCCUGUCAGUCACCUGACUUGUUUCUGGAAUUUGUCCUUUUCUAAUUAUACUGCUUCAGUUCAGGCUCUCAUCUUCUCUCAGUUGAAUUAUCGCCUGGUCUUCUCACUGGUUUCUCCAAAUCUGGGUGCUUCUUAUUCUACCCCAUGUUCUCCUCUGUGUCCGGAGUAGACCUUUCUAAGUUGCAGGUCUCACUGUUUCAGUCUCCGGUUUCAAAACUCCACACGUUCCUGUUGAAGGUCUUUGAGCUGAAAGUCUGAGCACAGAUAGGUCUUGUGCUGACCUGUUUCUCCAUCAUCGUUGCCUGCCUCUGAUGGCUCUGCCCACACGCUAAUUUGUUAACUGGCUAUUCCUCCAGAACACCAUAUGCCUUCACUGUGCCUUUUUUUUUUUUUUAACCACCCCUCUGUAGGAUGCCCUUCUUCCCUUCUGUAACUGGCAAACAUCCUUAGGGAACCACACAAAUGUCUCCUUUCCUCUAGACCCUACCCUCAUCCCCACAUCCUUCCGUUCUGUUGCUCCUUCUGUGCACAGAUAGCAUUUGUUAGUAUUUCUCCAUCGCCACUGUAAUUACUUUGUAUCAUAGCCUGUAAGCUGGGCUUGGCCCAAUUCCUAGCAAUGUUGGUUGAUUUGAAUGAAUGAAGGAAUGAAUGCUUGAAAUGAUACCAUCUAGAAGGAUCUUGUGAGAUGGAAUUUCACGAGUGAAAUUUAUUAUAGGUAAAUAUGGAUCAAGAAGACCAAUUUUACAAGAACAAAGAUGGAAGAGAUUGGUUUAACAGUAGAAUGUGUUAAAAAUUACGUAGAGGUUUUUGUUGGCAGUACCGUAUGAGUCAACAAUGUGAGGUGGUAACAAAAAAAGAAAAGAGGAGGAGGAAGAGGAAGAGGAGAGAUGAAGGAGGAGGAGGAGGAUAGAAUGUGAGGACAGAAUGAGGAAGCUGAGUGUCUGGUUUUACACCCAGAGCAUUGUGUUUGGUUCUAGGUAUAAUGGUUUUAGAGGAACUUAAUAGCAACAAUUCUUGAAACCAUUUUAUUUUUAAGACUUCUUGAAAAAAUCACCAAACUAGACAAACUACUAGUUAACACAAUGAAGAAGAAAAGGGGAGAAAGCACAAGUAUACAAAGUAAGAAAUGACAAGGGAGAAGUAACCAUUGAAACAAAAAAUCGCAAGAGUCUUUGCAAGUCUGUGUAAAAAACAUUUUAAGACUUUGAUGAAAUGGAUAAUUUCCUAGGGAAAUGAUGAUGACCCAAAUUGAAAGAGACAGAAAAUUUAAACAGACUAAUUUCUGUGGAAGAAAUAGAGAGUCUUAUUAAGGAACUGUUCCUCAAAAAAAGUACCAGCUCCAGGUUAUUUCAUAGAGGAAUUCUACCAAACUGCCACGUAUCAUCAGAUAGUCCCAAUGCUCUGUAUAUCAUAUUCUCUAUCUAUCUAUAUUGAUAUUGACAUAGAUAUUGUACUAACAUCACACUGUUAAAUAAAAUCCAAUACCACAUUAAAAAUAUAAUUCAUGGGGCACCUGGGUGCCUCAGUCGGUUAAGCACCCAACUUCAUCUCAGGUCACGAUCUCACAGUUCAUGGGUUCGAGCCCCCCGGUUGGGCUCUAUGCUGACAGGUUAGAGCCUGGAGCCUGCUUCAGAUUCUGUGUCUCCUUCUCUCUCUGCCCGUCACCUGCUUGUGCUCACUCUCUCUCUCUCUC